CGCGACGCUGUGGGUAUCAGUUGUAACGCUAGACCGCAUAUUGUCACAAGUAACAAUAUGGAGAUCUCAAGCUUAAACUUGUGUGGCACUGAAGUGUGUUGGUAUGUUGUGUAAUGAAAGUUACAUUCGAAUGUUACCGAGGUGCACUUUAGAGUUGCUCCGCUAAGUUCCAUUCUUUGGUCACUUCAAAAUGUGGAUUAUGAACAGUAUGUGAGAUGGAAGAAACCGCAGUGGCGACAUGGUGGCAAGGGGUGCUCUCCUAUCUUCAUCCCAUCUUUCUGUGGCACUGGUUAACGGGCUCCCAUGGCUGGCUUUAUACGUUUUAUCGAAACAUUAAAUCUGGUUUCGACCCCCGCUUCCGUCGGCGACGCCGGCUGUUGUCGUGGGUAGAACAAAGUGCCGGCCGCGAAGUGGUUGACCUAGCAUCUCUGUGGCGGGAUGGGGACUAUACUAUGUGACGUAAUACAUCGCACAUGUCCCUCUUCUUGCCACGGUUGGGAAGACAGCCACAACAAGAACACGUUCAGGCAUGCACAGGCACUUGCCUACAGAUGUCUCCUGUUACAACCGGCAUUCUCAGAAGUAGACCUCAAUAAAACGGAGAUGACACCUAACAUCGAGAAACGCCUGUUUCGAUAUUUGCAGUCACUGAAACUGGCAGUCUGCAAGAAACAUCUGAACAGGUCCGUAGAUGAUGAAAGUGAUGCAGAAGUGCUUAUAGCCGAUGAAUACAUCGCUCGAGGCAUGGGACUUAUUAUGGGUAGUAGGAACCAUAAAGCAAUAUUUUACAUCUACUCAAGGGAUGGAAGCAGUCUGUUGGACAUACACAUAGAAAUAAGAGGUCCAGGUGAAGAUUUCGGAUCAGCUCUAGUAACACAAAAUGGCUCCAUGGACAGUACAGAGGAAUUCUCGAUUCCUAUAGAAUACCGGAUAACAGAUGAGUAUCUUAGAGUGAGCUACCAACCGAAGAGCGUAGGGCAUCACGAACUGUCCAUAAGUAGACAUGGCUACAUAAUUCCGGGAUCUCCAUUUAUUAUUAGUGUUGAUGACAUUUCCGAGCAGAUGCCAAAGAAGAGGUUUAAUUCUAUCGAAUGGUACACAGAAGAUGAAGACAGAAGGCAAAAAGAAUUGCAAAACAAGAAGAAAAACGCUAAGGUUAAAUGCAGGAUUGUUGACUUUGUAACGGAAAAAAUGUAUUUGACAGAAGAUGGACAACUGUUGAAAAUACCGGAUGACAAUACAAACUGUACCACUCCACCACCUCCUAACUUUCCCGCUCCAGGUCCACCAUUUAUUUCCGAACCUCCAAUAGACACACCUCCCUCUCCUGCUCUUAGUAUCGAUUCUAGAAAUAGUCAUUCUAGAAGAAGUAUUAGCCCAAGACUGAAAAAAAAGAAAAGGGAGAAACCAAAGUGGGCAAACGUUAAACCUGAUUCUUUGAAAUAUAUCAUUUUAAAACCCCCUAAAUUUCAGGUUAAGAGAGUAUCUGAUGCUGCUUCGCAAGCCAUGUUAGAAUUUCAGCCAAGCAUAUUUCAAGAAAAAUGCAAAAGAAUUGUUUCAGUCUGUGACUACUUAUUAAAACAUUGUCCUAGACAGACUAGUUUAGACAUUAUUUCAGGAGCUGGGCAUAUUUUGCAAUCUACUAAAGUCGAGAAUAGUUCCGUACAUAAUACUACAGUCAAACAAGCUAUAAUACAAUACCCUUCUAUUGAAGAUGAUGAUGAUGUAUUUGUUUCCUCAACAUGUACUUCCCCUACAGUAACAACUAUUACAUACCCACAAAGGUGUCGUAGUGUAUCUUUAAGCUUUGUAAAUGAUGACAUUAAAACUGAUAACGGAAGUGAUAAAACCACAGAAGAAGCUGAAAUAGUAACUAGAAGUCGAAAAGAAUCACAAGACUCCUUGACUUGUCACUCAGCCUCCCUGGCUAGAAAAUGUUUUAAAACAGAGGGUAACACAAAAUCUCCAAGAAGGAGAUCGAGUUUUUCAUCCAUAAGUCAGACUGAUUGUAAUGAUUUAAUCGAGGGUAAUAAUAAUUAUGAUGAUUUCUUGACUGUUGAUGGAAGUGAUAUAACAAUGAGUGGCCCUAUUGCAUCAAGAGAUCAAAUGGAAUCUGAAAUCAAACUUAUUAGUUAUACAAAAUUUGAAGAAAGAAACGAUUCGUUGGAUUUUUUUGGAGAAAAUAAAUUAACUAACACAAACGUAAUUAUUAAUGAUGAAGAGUUAACAAAAGAAAAGAAAACUUGUGAUAUACCACAUGAAAUCGAAAAAGUUUCAGAUGAUAAACUGCUAUCCGAUUAUUCUGAAAUGUGCAAUACUAUGGAAACCGGUACUAAGUUAAUUGAUGUAAAUAAACCUUCUUUAUUAUGGGACUCAAACAUGAAAUCGAUUUUUAAGACGCAGAACCAAGCCAAAAUAGGUAAGACAUUAACCGCUUCAAGUAAACUUGUUGAGAAAAUAAUUGCACAAUUUGAAACUAACUUACAUAGAGAAAUCAAAUUAGAGAAUGUUUCUGUAACUGAACAAAACGGCGUAGAAAAACAAUUUAAAGAAAACCGCAGUGCAGGAUUAUUUUCCGGUGACAUUUCUUUGCCAAAUGAUCCUAACACGAAUAAAGUAAAACAUGAUUCUGAAUAUGUUGACAAACUUCAUAUUGAGUAUCUUAAAUCAAUUGGUGCCAGUGAUGAGUCUCUCUCAACUAUAAAAUCUAAGAUAGAACUGUUUGAGAAAGGUGUGAACAGCCAUACUAAAAAUAAGGUCUUAUAUUCACCAGUUCGGUUUAGUAUUUCAAAACCUCAUCAUAAUCCAGUGUGUACUGAUGACUCCAUUAAUAAAAUAGUUCCUUUGACAGACCAUGUGUUUAGAGCCGAGCCAGCUAUAGUUGUCUCUAAACAUUAUGCUGAACUACACGAACUUACCGUACAACCACCAGGACUAACAGAAGGAGUAUACUUUGAUUUCCAGCCUCCAACUAGAAGAUUAAGGAACUCAAUAUCAGACAUAAGUGAUGUAGAUGAUGCAACAGACAAAUGUAACAUAAACAUAGUAUUAGAUGAAUCGUCACAGGAGAAGUCACAACCAAUGCUUGUAGAGCCCAAAUCAUUAAAUCAAAUUACUAAAGCAGGCACAGAACAUAACGAAAAUAAAGAACUUACGUCAAAUGAAUCUUUAGGAAAUGUUCUUGUCGGAAAAACUCAUUUUCAAAAUCCAACCAGUGAACCACAUGAUAUAUCUGUUCAGGCUUGUGGCAAACAUGAAUCAACUAAUACAAAUAUUGAUUGUAAAAACACUAAUGUGGAGCCGAUGGGAACCGUUCAUGAGUCAAGUUAUGACUCUAAAGAUUAUGGGGAGCAAACCAUUAAGUUAGAAGAAAUUAACAUUUCAAAAUCCGUUCAUUUAUUGGAGACAAAAAACAUACUCGAGGAAAACGUUGGGAUAGUUGAUUGUGUCCCUAAAUCAAAUACAUGGUCAGCAGAGCAGUUACAAAAUCAACACAAUGAGGAAAAUUCCGUCUCACAGGCUUUUGGAGAACGAAAUAUGGCUUCUGUCAAAUGUAAAAGAUUAGUUGAUACAAAUAAAAAGUUUUUCGAAUCCUUGAAUACGCACAAUACAGAGAUAAAAACCAACAGAGUAGACGGAUAUGCCGGAAGCAGUAAGUUUUGUCCCGAGGGAAAUAAUCCUGUUGUAGUGAAAAUUAACAAUACGAAGAAAAUUCAAGAUAAUUAUUUCAUGAGAAAUAUUAAUCAACCUGUUAAAGCUAACAAGUCAUUAAAUUCUAAUGAAACUGAGAGGGAAACAUACCCACCACAUACUGAAGAAUCCAUUUGUUCCAUUAACACAACAUCAGAAAGUUCUAUUUCCUGUCAUGACGAUAUAGACAACAUUAUUUCUGAAUAUUAUAAAGAAACAACGUAUAAAGGUGAAAUUUUCAUUAAAAAUGAAGAAAUAAAUUGUCAAUCGGCUCAAUUAAAUGACGAUGACAAAACAACCUUUUCUUGUAACAAAAUUGAUCACAAUAUCAAUACUGAAGAUAUUCCAACUUGCAGUGAUACAUUGAGAAUUGAUUUAUUUAGUAAAGAUAACUCGACAGACGACUGCCCUAUAUUACACAAUGUUGAAAUAACAUCUAGAGUGGUAGAUAUAUUUCAUAAUGAUUCGGAAGUUCAAUCACAUAAUGCAACAGAACAUAUAACUAAGACCGAAAAAAAUGAAGUAGGUGUCAAACAAGAAGAAAACAUUUUAUCUGACAGUCAAAAUAUUUACAGAAACAUAAUGCACAGUGAAAAAAUUGAAACUUUAAAAGGAAAUGAUCAAACAAUACUAAUACAAUCAAAGUUCGAAGAAAAAGAAGAACUAAUCGCAAUUGAUACUCAUAAAAAUGAAGGUAUACCAAACAAUAAUAUUUUGACAACAUGUCUUCCUGAAUCCAUAAUUUUAGAAGAAGAGGACGAUAAGAGCAAAGCCAAUUGUUAUAUUAAAGUAUCUGAAGAAGUAUCAGGAAAAGAAUCAGUAAAUGGUCCAGAUCAAUCAUCUGAUCAUUCACAACCAAUACAUGAAAACAAAACAAUAAACACUAUUGCUGAAAACGUUAACAGUGGCUCUCAAAUUACACCACAUGAAAAUUCUGAAGAGACCUCGUGUAAACAGACCUAUUCUAAGACACAACAAGCUGAAGAUGAAUCGGCAAUAUAUGAGUUUGAACUAAAUACGACACUGCAUAGUAACAAGUCAUCCGAUAUUCAAGUUAAAGAUGGGAAUAUAACCAAUAAAGAAAUACAUAAAACGUUUAAAAAGACUGAUCUAAAAGCACAAAACCAUAUUAUUGCUGAAAACAAUGAACGAAAAGAUGUUAAGUCACCACAAAAUAAACCAAUUACUGAAGAUGAGUUGACAGAACAUACGCCGUUGCAAAAGACCGAAAUGGAAACCACCAUAGAAAGAAAUUUCGUUCAAAAUUUAGAAAACGAGCAUAGGAACACUCAUAUUCCGUCUACAGACGAACAUCUGCCGUUACAGCAUGACAAAAGCGCUGUUGGAUAUAUUGAUAGUAUCCAUGAAACUAUACUAAAUGAAAAUUCAGAAGUGGACAAUUCACGUGUAAAGACAGAUUCAAAUACCGAACAGGCUGUCGAAUUAUUAGAGUAUUGCCAUGUUAAAGAGUUAGAAGUUGAACAACCAAGUACUCAAGCUCAGUCAACUGAUGGCACAACGCCGUUACAAAAUGUUCAACUUUUAGUAGAGAAGAUUGAUAAUACCUCUGAUAUUGUACAGCAUGAAGUUUCUGAAGAAAUUAAUAUUAGCCUACAGACACAAUAUACAACUCAACAAUCUAUGGUAAUACUAAGUGAUUGCAAACUUAAGCCCCUUGUACAGAAAUCAGAACCUGAGCAAUCAAUUGCUCAAGAUCAGUCAACUAAUGGCUCUACGCCGUUACAGCGUGACGAAAUUAUAGUGAAAAAGUUUCAUAGUGUUCCUCAAAUUAUUUUUGCAGAUUUUGAAUUAGACAACAGUGUACAGGACUCAUCUAAUGCUGAGCAGCUUGUAGAAGUGUUAGAUCAAUGUUUUGUAAAACCCGUUUAUGAAGAAUUAGAAAGUGAACAACCAAGUAUUCAAGUCCAGUCGACUGACGAACCUACACCAUUGCAAAAUGACGAAAUUUCAAUAGAGAGGAUUGAUAAUGUACCUGUAAUCAUACAGCAUGAAGACUCUGAUGUAACCAUUAUUAGUGUACAGACACAAUCUAAAACUCAAAAAUCUGCUGAAAUAUUAAAUAUUAAACCAGAUGAAAAGGAAUUAGCAAUUGGACAGUCCAGUUUUCAAGUUAAGUCGACUGAUAACUCUAUGUCAUCACUUAUUGUUGCAAAAGCAUUAGAAAGGGUUGAUGAGACAAAUAACGACCUUACGCUGGAAAUAGGAGAAGAAAGGAUUAAUAGUGUGCCUGGAACUGUACAAAAUGUAGACUCUGAGGUAGACAAUAUAAGUAUCCAGUCACAAUCUAAUAUUCAAGAACCAAUAGAAUUAAUAGAUAAAAACUAUGUUAAAUCCGUUGAAGAAGGAUUACGAAAUGAGCAAGAAAAUACUAAAGAUCUCUCUAUUGAUGACCCUAAGACUUUGCAGGGUGAUAAAAUUGCUGUUUUGAUUGAUGUUGUCCCUCAAAUGAUGCUUCUAGAAGACCGUGUAUUAGACAAUACGUGUGUAGAGCAAGCUGUAAAAGUAAUAACCAUAGUUCAACCCGUUGAAAAAGCAAUAGGAAACGAACAAUCAAUUACUCAGGAUCAGUCGAUAAAGGACACUGCAGGAGAAAAAAAUGAUAGUGCCAUGCCAGUUAUACUACAUGAAGAGUCUAAUGUAGACAGUGAGUGUUUUCAGACUCGUACUAAUAUUGAGCAAAUGAAUACACAAGAUCAGUCGAAUAACUAUCAUAUGUCAUUACAGCAUAAUGAAAUAGCACACACUAGUUUAGUAUGCACUGACACUGCUAUACCGAAUACUGAUAGUGUCCCACAAAUUGAAACACCUGAAAAUUAUCUUGUACCCAAUAUUAGUAUAGAUGUCCAAAAUAAAUCUCAAGAAGCUUUUGAAUUAUCAGACAAAUGCUUUAGACCGUUUAAUAAAGAAAUAAGAAACCAAUCAAAAGAUAUAUCGUUUCCCGACCUUAUAUCGUUACAAAAUGACAAAAUUAAAGAAGGAGAGAUUGAUAGUAAACCUGAGAUUAUACAACAAGGCUCAGAAGAAUCCAAUAUAUGUAUAGAGGCCACAUCUCCUGCACAACCUGCAGGACACAAUAUUGGGUUUGUCUCUCAAAUUAUAAAUGACGAUUCUGAAGUGGACAAUAAAUAUGUACUGACAACAUUGAAUACUCAAACACCCAAAAAAGAGUUAGAUAAAUGCUAUUUUAAAUCUUUUGAAGAGGAAUUACAAAUUGUGACACCAAGUAUUCAAUAUCAGAAUGAUGGAAUAGCAGUAGAAAUGACAGAUAGUGCUCCUAUAACUAUACAAUAUGAAGAACAUGAAGUAGCCAAUAUGAGAAUACAGUCCCAACCUAAUACGCGACAACCUGUAGAAGUAACACACAUUAUAUCUGAUGUUAUACAAUUUGAAGACUCUGAAGUAACCAAAAUUAAUAUACUGCUCACAUCUGAUAAUCUACAGCAAGGAGAAUCGUUAGAAGAAUCUUAUGUUAAAUCUGAUGAAGAGGAAUUACGAAUUAUGCUGCCAAGUAUUCGAUAUCAGUCGAGUGUAGACCCCACGCUGUUGCAGACUGAUAAAACUGAAGUAGAAAAGAUUGAUAUUGUCUCUCAAAUUAUGCUCCGUGAAUACAGUGAAGUAAACAAUACAUGUGAACUGACCGUAAGUAAUAAUAUUGAACUUGCAGAAGUAUCAAACAAAUGCUAUGUUAAACCAUGUAAAAAAGAAUUAGGUAGCGAGCAACCAAGUACUCAAGUUCAAAGGGCAGAUGACCCUAUACUAUCUCAAAACGAAGAAAUUUCAGUAGAUAAAAUUGAUACGGUGCCUGAAACUAUUCAACAUGAAGACUCUGAAGAAACUAAUAUUAAUGUACAGAAACAAUCGGAAGCUCUAAAAAAUCAGACAACUGAUGAGAUUACGCUGGUACAGAAUGUCGAAAAUGGAGUAGGAGAUAUUGAUACUGUAAAGAAUACAUGUGUACAGGCGCAAUCAAAUACUGAAGAAGUAGUUGAAUUGUUGGAUAACAAAGUUUUUAAAUCCGUAGAAAGAGAAUUAGGAGUUGAGCAACCAAUUACUGAAGUUCAAUUGACUGACGACCCUACUUCGUCAGAAAAGGACGAAAUUGUGGUGGAAAAUAUUGAUAGUAUCUCUCUAAUUAUAACUGAAGAUUCUGAAAUGGACAAUACAUGCAUACAGAUCCCAUUGAAUACUCAAAUACCUAUAGAGGAGCUAGACAAAUGCUAUGUUAACCCCGUUAAAGAAGAACCUAGAAUUAAGCAAACAAGUACACAAUAUCAAUUCAAUGAAGAUCUUAUGCCAAUGCCGAAUGUUGAAAUUGCAGGAGAAAAGAUGGAUAUUUUCCCUGAAAAUAUACAAAAUUUAAACUCUGAAGUAGCUAAUAUGAUUAUAAACAACACAUACGAUACUGAAAUGCCAGAACUAAAAGAUACAUGCUACGUUCAAUCCACUGAAGAAGAGUUAACAAUUGACCACUCAAUUAUUCAAGAUCAGUCGGAUAUAAGGCCUAAGCCAUCACAAAAUAACGAUUUGGCUUUAGGAAACGUCGAUAACUUUCAUAAAAUGUUACUAAAUGUAGAUUCUGAAGUUGAUAAUGCGUGUGUACAGACCCACUCAAAUACUCAACAGGCUGCUGAAUUAUUAGAUGGCUGCCUUGUUAAACAUGUUGAAAAAGAAUUAGAAACUGAACAAUUAAAUAAUCAAAUUCAAUCAACAAAUGACACUACGUCAUCACAAAAUGUUGAAACUUUAGUAGAUGAAAUUGGUAAUAUACCUAUAAACAUACAAUUUGAAAAUUCUAAGGAAAUUACAAUUGGUGUAGAGACACAACCUGAAACUAAAAAAUCAAACGAAAUAUUAGACGAUUCCUGUCUUAAGCCCUUUGAAAACAAAAUGGAAAUUACACAAUCAGUUACUCAAUAUCAGUCGACAAAUGACUCUACGCCGUCGCAGAAUGACGAAAUAGUGGUAGAAAAGAACGAUAGUGUUCCUCAAUUUGUAAGUAAAAUGUUUGAGGUAGAUAACACAUGUUUACAGGCCCCAUCUAAUACUGCACACCCUCUAGAAGUGUCAGAGGAAUGCUAUACUAAACACGUUGAUUAUGAAUUAGGAAUUGAGAAGUCUACUACACAAUAUCAGGCAACUAAUCACCUUAUGCUGUUGCCGGAUGACAAAAUUGCAGUAGAAAUAAUUUAUAGUGUCCCUGAAACUAUGCAAACUUCUGAAGUAGCCAAUUUUAAUAUGCAGGCCUUGUCCAGUACUAAUGAACCUCUAGAUGAGGCAGUUGAAUUAUACGUUAAAUCCAGUGAAGAUCUAACAAUAGGGCAAUCACUUACUCAAUUCCAGUCGACUUACGAGCCUGCGCCGUCACAUAAUGACAAGAUUGAGGUAGGGUUUAUUGAUACUGUCCAUAAAAUUAUACUAAGUGAAGAUUCAGAAGUUGAACAACCAAGUACUCAAGCUCAGUCAACUGAUGGCACAACGCCGUCUCAAAAUGUUCAAAUUUUAUUAGAGAAGAUUGAUAAUACCUCUGAAAUUAUACACCAUGAAGUUUCUGAAGAAAUUAAUAUUAGCCUACAGACACAAUAUACAACUCAACAAUCUAUGGUAAUACUAAGUGAUUGCAAACUUAAGCCCCUUGAACAGAAAUCAGAACCUGAGCAAUCAAUUGCUCAAGAUCAGUCAACUAAUGGCUCUACGCCGUCACAGCGUGACGAAAUUAUAGUAAAAAAGUUUCAUAGUGUUCCUCAAAUUAUUUUUGCAGAUUUUGAAUUAGACAACAGUGUACAGGACUCAUCUAAUGCUGAGCAGCUUGUAGAAGUGUUAGAUCAAUGUUUUGUAAAACCCGUUUAUGAAGAAUUAGAAAGUGAACAACCAAGUAUUCAAGUCCAGUCGACUGACGAACCUACACCAUUGCAAAAUGACGAAAUUUCAAUAGAGAGGAUUGAUAAUGUACCUGUAAUCAUACAGCAUGAAGACUCUGAUGUAACCAUUAUUAGAGUACAGACACAAUCUAAAACUCAAGAAUCUGCUGAAAUAUUAAAUAUUAAACCAGACGAAAAGGAAUUAGCAAUUGGACAGCCCAGCACUAACGUUAAGUCGACUGAUAACUUUAAUCUGUCACUUGUCGUCGAAAAUGAAUUAAUACAGAUUAAUACUCUCCCUGAAGAGAUGCGUGUAGAGUCUGCAUUACACAAUGCAUGUGUAGAGUCCCAAUCCAAUACUCAACAAUCUAUAGGAAUAUUAUUUCAAUGCCAUAAUAAACCCAGUGAAAAAGAUUUAGGAAUUCAGCAACCUAGUAUUCUAGAUAAAUUAACUGAUGACGUUAAAUUGUUGCAAGAUAACAAAACUACAUUGCAACAUUCUGGAAGUUCCCCUCACAAUACAUGUAAAGACCGCGAGGUAGACAGUAUAUUUGUACAGACGCAAUGUAACUCUCAGCAAUAUGUACAUGUAUCAGAAAAUAAUUGUUUUCAAACUGUAAAAGAAGAAUUAAGAACUCUCGAUUUCUCAAGUUCUCAAGAUCGACCAUCAAGCGAGAUCAGGCUAUUGCAGAGUGAUGUAGUUGCUGAAGAAAAGAUAGACCGCGUCUCUCAAUUUAGUGUACAUGAAGAGUUUGAAGUAGACAAAUCAUGUGUACAGACCAAAUUCAAUUAUCAACAAGCUGUAGAAGUACCUGAUAAACUCCAAGUGGAAGAGGAAUUAGGAAUUAAGCAACCGAGUACGCAAGAUAACUCGACUGAUGGGACUACGCAGUUGCACAACAACGUAAAUUCAGUAGAUAAGAUUGAAAGUGUCUCUGGAAACAUAAUAUAUGAUAGCUCAAAAAUUGCCAAUAUGACUUUAGAAACACAGACUCUUUCUCAACAAAGUAUAGAAUUAUCAGAUAAAUUAUAUGUUGAACCCACUGUAGAAGAAUUAGGAAUUGGGCAAUCAAUUACUCAAGAACAAUUGACUAACGAUGUAACGCCACUGCAGAAUAUCGAAAUAGCAUAUGUUGAUGAAAAAGAUUUCAAAGCAGUAAAAAUAUCAGACAAAAACUCUAUUAAACAAGAAUUACGAAUUGACCAAAUUAAUACUCAAGAUUCGGUUUACGACCCUAUAUUAUCGCAUAAUAAAGAAAUAGCUCACGUUACUGUAGAGCAUAUUUAUGAUGUUCCUAAUAUUAUACAACAGGAAUUCUCAGAAAUAGACAAUAAAUGUGUCCAGAACCCAUCUAACACUCUGGUAAACUUAGAUACAGGUGACAUCAUACCCUUUCAAGAAGAAUUGAGAAUUGAUCAAUCUAUUGCUAAAAAUCUGUCCACUAAAGAUUUCAUGUCACUGCAAAAUAAUGAAAGUACCGAAAGUAAUAUUAAUUGUGUAUCUCAAAUUAUAACUGAUGAAGAUGUUAAAAAAGACAUUGUAUGUGUAUUGACCCAGUCUAAUGCUAAACCAAAUGUAGAUGAAUCAGACAAAUUCAAAAUUAAUCCAGUUGAUUAUGAAUUAAAUAUUGAACAAACGUUUACUCCAGAUCGGCCGAAUAAAAACUCUACCCAGAAUAAUGAAACUGUAGUUGAAAAGAUUCAUAGCGUCCCUCAAAUUAUACUAAAUAAAGAUAUUGAAGAAGGCAAUACGUGUGUUCAGACCGGAUCUGAUACCGAACCGGAUGUAGAUGAAUCAGACGACUGCAAAGCUAAACGUGAUGAUUGCGAAUUAGAAACUGAAAAUUUGAUCACUACAGGUCAAUCCACUGAAGAGCCUACAGUGUUAGAGAAUAAGGAAAUUGUAGUGGAAAUGAAUCACAGUGUCCCUCAAAUUAUGGUACAUGAAGAUUUCAAAGAAGAAAGUACGUGUGUACAGACCCAAUCUAAUGCUCAACAAGAUUUAGAUGAAUCUGAUGAGUGCAAAGUUAAACCUGUUGGUUAUGAACUAGAAAUCGAACACUCGAUCACUCAAGAUCAAUCAACUGAAGAUCCAAAAUUGUUAGAGAAUUCUGAAAUUGUAUUAGAAAUGAUUCACAGUGUUCCUCAGAUUACGGUACAUGAAGAUUAUAAAGAAGACAAUACGUGUGUACAGAUCCACUCUAAUGUUCAACAAGAUUUAGAAGAAUCAGACGAAUGCAAAAUUAAACCUGUUUCUCACGAACUAGAAAUCGAACACUCGAUAACUCAAGAUCAAUCGACUGAAAGUCUUACAGCCCAAUCUAAUAUUCAACAGGAUUUAGAUGAAUCUGAUGAGUGCAAAGUUAAACCUGUUGGUUAUGAACUAGAAAUCGAACACUCGAUCACUCAAGAUCAAUCAACUGAAGAUCCAAAAUUGUUAGAGAAUUCUGAAAUUGUAUUAGAAAUGAUUCACAGUGUUCCUCAAAUUAUGGUACAUGAAGAUUAUAAAGAAGACAAUACGUGUGUACAGAUCCACUCUAAUGUUCAACAAGAUUUAGAAGAAUCAGACGAAUGCAAAAUUAAACCUGUUUCUCACGAACUAGAAAUCGAACACUCGAUAACUCAAGAUCAAUCGACUGAAAAUCUUACAGUGUUAGAGGAUAAUGAAAUUUUACUAGAAAAAAUUCCCAGUAUCUCCCAAUUUGUGGUACAUGAACAAUUUAAUGAAACCGAUACCUGUGUACAGGCCCAAUCUAAUAUUCAACAGGAUUUAGAUGAAUCUGACGAAUGCAAAGUUAAACCUGUUAAUUAUGAACUAGAAAUCGAACAAUUGAUUACUGAAGAUCAGUCAACUGAAGAUCCUAAAUUGUUAGAUAAUAAUGAAGUUGUAGUAGUGAAGAUUCAAAGUGUUCCCCAAAUUACGGUACAAGAAGAUUUUAUAGAAGAUAAUACGUGUGUACUGACCCACUCCACUGUUCAACGAGAUGUAGAAGAAUCAGACAAGAGUAAAGCAAAACCUGAUGGUUGUGAAUUAGAAACUGAACACAUGAUCACUACUCGUCAAUCGACUGAAGAUAUAAAAGUGUUAGAGGAUGAUAAAAUUCCAGUAGAAAAUAUUCAUAGCAUCCCUCAAAUUAUAGUACAUGAAGACUUUAAUGAAGAUUAUACGUGUGAACAGACCCACUCUAAUGCCCAACAAGAUUUAGAAGAAUCAGACGAGUGCAAAGCUAAACCUGUUGGUUGUGAAUUAGAAACUAAAAAUUUGAUCACUACAGGUCAAUGGACUCAAGGUUCUACAGUGUUAGAGAAUAAUGAAACUCCAGUAGAAAAGAUUCAUAGCGUCUCCCAAAUCAUGGGACAUAAAGAAUUUAAUGAAGACAAUACGUGUGUACAGACCCAUUCUAAUAGUCAACAAGAUUUAGGUGAAUCUGACGAGAGCAAAAUUAAACCUGUUGGUCACGAACUAGAAAUCGAACACUCAAUAACUCAAAUUCAGUCGACUGAAGAUCAUACAGUGUUAGAGAAUAAUGAAAUUGUAGUAGAAAAGAAUCACAGUGUCCCUCAAAUUAUGGUACGUGAAGAUUUCAAAGAAGACGAUACGUGUGUACAGACCCAUUCUAACGUUCAACAAGAUUUAGAAGAAUCAGACGAGUGCAAAGCUAAACCUGUUGGUUGUGAAUUAGAAACUGAAAAGUUGAUAACUACAGGUCAAUCCACUAAAGAGCCUUCAGUGUUAGAGUGUAAGGAAAUUCCAGUAGAAAAGAUUCAUAGCGUCUCCCAAAUUAUGGUACUUGAGGACUUUAAUGAAAAUAAUACGAUUGUAGAGACCCACUUUAAUGCUCAACAAGGUUUACAAGAAUCAGACGAAAACCAAAUUAAACCUGUUGGUCACGAACUAGUAAUCGAACACUCGAUAACUCAAGAUAAGUCGACUGAAGAUCAUACGGUGUUAGAGAAUAAUGAAAUUGUAGUGGAAAUGAAUCACAGUGUCCCUCAAAUUAUGGUACAUGAAGAUUUCAAAGAAGAAAGUACGUGUGUACAGACUCAAUCUAAUCCUCAACAAGCUUUAGAUGAAUCUGAUGAGUGCAAAGUUAAACCUGUUGGUUAUGAAAUAGAAAUCGAACACUCGAUCAUUCAAGAUCAAUCGACUGAAGAUCCAAAAUUGUUAGAGAAUUCUGAGAUUGUAUUAGAAAUGAUUCACAGUGUUCCUCAACUUACGGUACAUGAAGAUUAUAAAGAAGAAAAUACGUGUGUACAGAUCCACUCUAAUGUUCAACAAGAUUUAGAAGAAUCAGACGAAUGCAAAAUUAAACCUGUUUCUCACGAACUAGAAAUCGAACACUCGAUAACUCAAGAUCAAUCGACUGAAAGUCUUACAGUGUUAGAGGAUAAUGAAAUUUUACUAGAAAAAAUUCCCAGUAUCUCCAAAUUUGUGGUACAUGAAGAAUUUAAUGAAAACGAUACGUGUGUACAGGCACAAUCUAAUGUUCAACAAGAUUUAGAACAAUCAGACGAAUGCAAAAUCAUACCUGUUGGUCUCGAACUAGAAAUCGAGCACUCGAUAACUCCAGAUCAAUUGAAUGAAGAUCAUACAGUGUUAGAGAAUAAUGGAAUUGUAGUAGAAAAGAAUCACAGUGUCCCUCAAAUUAUGGUAAAAGAAGAUUUCAAAGAAGACAAUACGUGUGUACAGACCCAAUCUAAUGCUCAACAAGAUUUAGAUGAAUCUGACGAAUUCAAAGUUAAACCUGUUAGUUAUGAACUAGAAAUCGAACAAUUGAUUACUGAAGAUCAGUCAACGGAAGAUCCUAAAUUGUUAGAUAAUUCUGAAAUUGCAUUAGAAAUGAUUCACAGUGUCCCUCAAAUUACGUUACAUGAAGAUUAUAAAGAAGAUAAUACUUGUGUACAGAUCCACUCUAAUGUUCAACAAGAUUUAGAAGAAUCAGACGAAUGCAAAAUUAAGCCUGUUUCUCACGAACUAGAAAUCGAACACUCGAUAACUCAAGAUCAAUCGACUGAAAAUCUUACAGUGUUAGAGGAUAAUGAAAUUUUACUAGAAAAAAUUCCCAGUAUCUCCCAAUUUGUGGUACAUGAAGAAUUUAAUGAAAACGAUACGUGUGUACAGGCCCAAUCUAGUGCUCAACAAGAUUUAGAAAAAUCAGACGAAUGCAAAAUCAUACCUGUUGGUCACGAACUAGAAAUUGAACAAUUGAUUACUGAAGAUCAGUCAACGGAAGAUCCUAAAUUGUUAGAUAAUUCUGAAAUUGCAUUAGAAUUUAUUCACAGUGUCCGUCAAAUUACGUUACAUGAAGAUUAUAAAGAAGAUAAUACGUGUGUACAGAUCCACCCUAAUGUUCAACAAGAUUUAGAAGAAUCAGACGAAUGCAAAAUUAAACCUGUUUCUCACGAACUAGAAAUCGAACACUCGAUAACUCAAGAUCAAUCGACUGAAAGUCUUACAGUGUUAGAGGAUAAUGAAAUUUUACUAGAAAAAAUUCCCAGUAUCUCCCAAUUUGUGGUACAUGAAGAAUUUAAUGAAAACGAUACGUGUGUACAGGCCCAAUCUAAUGUUCAACAAGAUUUAGAACAAUCAGACGAAUGCAAAAUCAUACCUGUUGGUCUCGAACUAGAAAUCGAGCACUCGAUAACUCAAGAUCAAUCGAAUGAAGAUCAUACAGUGUUAGAGAAUAAUGGAAUUGUAGUAGAAAAGAAUCACAGUGUCCCUCAAAUUAUGGUACAAGAAGAUUUCAAAGAAGACAAUACGUGUGUACAGACCAAUUCUAACGUUCAACAAGAUUUAGAAGAAUCAGACGAGUGCAAAACUAAACUUAUUGGUUGUGAAUUAGAAACUGAAAAUUUGUUCGCUACAGAUCAAUCGACUGAUGAUCUUACAGUGUUAGAGGGCUCAGACGUUGAUAUCUUUAUAAAUAAGAGUACAGAAGAAUAUUUCAAUAGGACUAAAAAUGAAAACAUAAACAGAUCACUAUACAUGGAAUCAAACUCACUUGACAACAAUCUGCUAACGGUGGAGCAAGAACUCUGUGAAGUUCUAAGUAUUGAAGAUGAAGAAAUGGAUAGGAAUAUUGAAAUCGAAAUGUCUCAGAUAGAUGCUAUGGAAACACCAGAUAUAAAGGAUACCGAUUUUAUCGCUUUUCAAGAUUUAUCACUUGAUUAUAAGGACUCUUAUGUGGUUGACUCUUGCGAGGUUAACCCAUUUGAAGGAACCGAUUUUUCAUCUUUGCAACCCUCAUUUGACAGUUUACAGUCUGAUGGAAACGGUGGUGAGGAGUCAUUGUCCGAUAAAUUCACACAUUUUAAUGAAAACGAUUUAAGCAUUUCUUCAGAAUCAGAUAGUGUAGAUUUUCACAUGUGGUCAUCAAAUGUCGAGUUUGGUGAUCCAUCAGAAAGUGUUUCUAAAGUAAUGGACUUUGAUUCGAUAAUAUCAGCUCCUAAUUUGAACGAAGCGUUAAAAAAGCUAGAAAUGCAUAUACAAGAUAAAGGGGAUGAUUUUCAGUGGUUGUCUGCAAGAACGCCUUCUCCUUCAUUGCAAUCACUAGAAAAAUAUUUUAAAGAUGGAAUACCAUGCUUUGAUACUGACGAGUUUCAUGCUGAAGUCUCCGGAGGAAUGCUGCAAGGAGAUGAAAGUAAUGAAGAGAGCAAGCAUGAUUUUGAAGAAUGCACACUAGCAUCAGUUUGGGCAACACCAUGUAAAGCCGUUCCAGAGCCCAAACCAUGUUCUUUUUGUCCUGAACCUGAACAAACCGAAGAGAUUGAAGUCAAGGAGCAAGGAGAUGAUACUCAGGUUGACUGGAUCAUAUCUCCGUAUCAAUAUCCCAGGGUACUUCUGGGAAAUACUGCACAGAUGUCGAUAAUUGACGAAGAGGAUGAUUCACGUAAAUCAGAACCACUCUCUCCCACUUCUAAGAGGCAAGAACAUUUAUCAUACAACAGUAACCAAAGUGGCGAGGAAUUCAGUUCAGUCGAACAAGACAUUUGCGACCAAACGAAUGGUGAUAGCGCUCGUUCUAUAACACAACUUUCAAUAGGUGGCAAUGAAACUCCAGUGGUGGUAUCAGGCACCUUAGUAGCACUGCCAUGGCACGGUCAACUGUGUUACUACCAGCGUGACCUUUGUGUUGGAAAGAUUCGCGACGAUAAUCCAGGGAAGCCUGCAGAAUAUCAGUGA